UAACACUUAUGCAAUUCCAGAGAUGUCACUACCAAAUUAACAAAAAAGGGAGAAAUAGAUGCACAGCUAUCGUCCCUCAAUUUUUUCAACGACUGCCAACGACCUUGACAAAAACCUUAGAAAACUGAUGGUUGUGCUUCAGUCAGACAGUCGAAUCUGUCACUGUUAAUUUGUGUAUAAAUUUGUCGAUUUUCCCAUAGAAAAUAAUAAAAAUUCAUUGAUGAAAUAGAUGAUUCGAUUGUUAUACCGAAAACAAAAACGUCAAACUGCAUUAUUGGCAGUACUGUAAUAAGAUGUUUGGAACGUAUGGAAUUUGAAACUUCGAGAAUGUGUGUGUGUGAGAGAGAAAGAAAAACAAAAUAGACUAUUCGUAAAAAAAUGAUAACCGACAACUUGUGACAAAAACUUCUGACAAGUGAAGGUUACCAAAGUUUUACUCGUAUAAUUAUUUAAAAAAUCUACAAUUGGAAACAAGCGAACACUGGAGAGCACUACAGAGACGACACACAUGACAUAUCGAAUAUCGCGUGCAACAAGCUGCAGUGACGUUGUUUUCAAUAAUUCUGACGUUUCGUUCGUCUCUAUAAUUGGCGGAACAUCACAAACGGUUCAUUCCACUUCCGGUUGCGAUUAAAAGAGUUCGUAUAAAAACCAGGGAAUAUAGAAUAUAGAUCGGAAAAGGAACAAUAAUUUCUUCAUACGAGAGUGAGAAAGAGGAAAAGGAGAGUGAGAGCGAUCGACCGAGAAAGAAAAAUUAAUCUUUUGACUUGGAGUCACGAACAACAUCUGUUGGUAUUCUGUCUUUCAUCACGUCGCGAAGUUUUCCGGAAAAGUAUCUCGUUUCGUCAAAUCAUUACGAGUGAACCAUCGUCAAUCUUGAGAAAUUUCGUGAGAGUGUCAUUCACGAAAUAAUAGACAAGAACGCAAAAGUCACAUCAACGAAAUAAAAAAAAAAGAAUCGAGAAAUCGCGACUGAGUCACGAGCAAGUGUUUUAUCUUUUAUUAUGCGUCGCCUCAAGUGAAUAUUGUGAAGUAAAAUCCAAAAAUGGCUGCCAACGAUCAACAGCACAAGAACAUUCAGGAUUUGAGAGAACCAGCUCAUCAUGCCAGAAGGCCAAUGAAUGCAUUUUUGAUAUUUUGUAAAAAGCAUCGAAGUUCAGUGAGAAAAUCUUUCCCAAAUUUGGAGAAUAGAGCUGUUACCAGGGUUCUUGGUGAGUGGUGGGCCACUCUAGGCCCGGAACAGAAAUGUGAUUACACCAACUUGGCGCAAGAUUAUAAAGAUGCGUUUCUCAAUGCAAAUCCAGAUUUCAAAUGGUACAAAUUACCAGCCCCACCUUUACGAACAUUAACAACAAGACCACGAAAUAAAAAAUCAGAAAUCGAUGUCAGCGAAGAAAAUUUAGAGGACGAAUCCAAUUACGACAGCAUCAACAAUGAAAAAACUACUACGUCCGAAGAAGAUGCUUCCAUACAGCCAGGAAAAUUGGCUGAUGAAACUCAAAUUGGGGGUCUGAGUUCUCUUUUCACUCCUCAAAAAAAUUCCACAGAGGUUGAGGCUAACAAAGAAUCAAAGUCCCAAAAUUUGGCAGACAAUGCUCCAGAAAGUCCCAAAAAACUGUACACGGAUGUUCCAAUUGACAACGAACAGAGAAGGAAAUGCACUGUCGAUCUCUUUUGCAAUGAGAAAUUAAACAACACAGAAUCCAACAACAAUGAACAUCAUCAAUUGAACGAGGAGGAGAAAAAUGAAACGGGAGAAGAAAAUAAUUUUCGAACCGAAAGAAGCUGCAAAGGCUUACGAUAUCAGCAAUUAAUGGCUGAACAGCAAAGGAAUGUGGGUGCAAUAGGUCAUCAACCAAAACGACGACGUCCAGGAACUUUGAAUACUCACGAAGAACGACCAAAGGAAAGAAGGAACUCAAUUUCUUCGAACGUGAGUGAAAAAACAGAUUCUCUAAGCAGCGAAGGUGCAAAUAGUACACGCAGUGAUUUGGAACAUCUUGUUGAGAGUGCCGAAGGUAAAUUAGAAGCAUCAAAACCUGAGGAAACCGAAACCGAAGGUGCCGAGUCACACCACAAUUAUAGCGAGUGGCCAUCAUAUAAAAGGUUCAAGGCUGAGGAUUUUAACUUGGAGAAAAAGAUAGAGGCUUUACCGGAGCUGAGCCUCGAAGAAUUUCAGGGCAAGAAGAAGCAGCAACGAACGAAAAAGAAAAAAAUCACGCAAAAGAUAAGUUCUUCUGUGGGAAAACAUAAUUCGUUGCUUCAGGGUCACGUCAGCGGAGAUUUACCUGGAACGAUCAAUGAAUUCAUCGAUUCCCAUGAAGAUUCCGACAAAUCUCUCCUCGUUGGAAGCCAAAAACGAAAAGCCAGGAAACAAAGUAUAACACGAAAUACUGCAGCAACGAGUGUCUCAAAAAAUGAUAAAAACCAGACCGAUAACAAACCAUGGUGCGCUUCACCAGAUCUUGAUGCACUCGCGUGCCUUGCUGAAAUUGCGGCAAAUCGCACGAAAUUGACCAAAUGAAUGAGGAUUUAAGAUGGAAAAAAACCAAGAGAAAGCAGCGCUAAUUAAAAACCAAUUCCAUCAAACCAAAACAAUACAUUGGCUUCGUUAAGUCUUGCAGUCUUCGUGAAAUGGAUAUUUUAAAAGAAAAAUCACACUUCUUGUGACAACAGAAGAAGAAAAUUCAUUAUCACAUGUUUCCACUUUAAAUAAUUUUAGGAAUAACAUGAUAGUGGUUAUGGCGAGAAGAAUAUUGAUUUUUUGAUUCCAAAAUUUGAAUUUUGCAGUUACAAAAGUUUCUGGGUUUCUGUAAUGGAAAAUAAUUUUACUUUCAACGUGUAAUAACGAUUUACGAAGCAGAAGCUAAAUUUUCUAAACAUAAUUGAAAACAAUGAAGAAACAGGAUAUAACUUGAAUUUUUUACUUCAGGGAUAGAAAAAUCGAUAAAUGAGUAAACGCCCGUGGAACGGACCACGUGUCAUAGUUUUUUACGUUCAUAUACAGACAUGGAUAUAUUUAUAAAAAAAAAUGCCUAUUAAUAUUUAUAAACAAAAGUAGAAGUAAAUAAUUUUUAAGCGCUCGCCAAAACGAGCAAUCUGGUGCUUCGGGAUUGUUUCCUCCAAUUGUUUGAUCGGUUAUGAAGUUUUCUUUUCCCAUUUUUCUAACAUCGAGAACGCAAUAUUUACACAGAUGAAUUUACUCGGGAAUUGACAAUCGUUUGGUCGAUCGGGCAUUUUUGAAGAUUCGCCGAUUUUCAUCAAAAUUGCACGACGUCAAUAAAAUUGACAUUUUUAUCAAAUGUUAGACAAUUCUCGUUGAUAACUAUAAUAUACUAAUAACUAUGAUUCGUCGUUGUGCUAUUUUGCAAUGGAAAGGCGCUUCAUCCAGAUUUUUAUUAAACAGACGUACAUACAUAUUAUUAUAUAGUCUCCAAGAAAGUGUACGCAGGGUUAAAAAAAAAUCUCAGUUAUCUACGGGACAAAUCUCUUAAUUCUGAAAAUAGUUCUUAUGGAUUCUCCGAUGCACCGUUGCAAAGAAACAGAGGGAACUCAUGAUAGGUCCUCUGCUAAGCGUCGUCUUAACCGAUCGGUGAUCGUUGGGGCAUUAAUUUAAUACGCAUUUGCAACGGUGAAUCGGAGAUAAAAAUCUCCAAAGAUUUUACAUUGGGAAUUUUACAAUCCAUCGACUCUAUCAAUAGAUCGGUUUUUCGAACACUCUUUCUGUACGAAUAUUCUAUUAACGCGUGUUUGGUGUACAUUGUACAUUGAAGUAGGGACAGUAUUAGCCCACACAUUGGGAGGUCAUGGUCGAAAUAAGAAAACAAAAAAAUUCAGUGUUACGUUACGCGAAAACGCGAGAAAAAGUUGUAUAAUCAAAAUAUAUAAACGCGCAGUUUAUAUUCAACCAUAUAUGUGAAUGCGUACUUACAUAUAUCAAAUAACUGGCGAUUGGAUGAGCGGACCAAAUAAAAAUGUUUAUUCUUUGAAUUAGGCACCAAAGGAAAAAAAAACUGGUCACUUUGUUCAUUGAAUGCGUAUUAGAAAAAAAAACAUCAAGGUUUCAUUCGAAUGAGGUAUUUCGUUAAUCAUCAUUGGCAGUAUCGAUUCCCAGAAAUGAUAUUGCCAAAAAAUGAUCACUCAAGCCGCUUUGCAAGGAAAAAACUUUGGUGUUCAGAAUGUGAAUAAAUUUUGAAAAAAAAUAUUAGUAUUGUUAGGGACGUUGGAAAAAAAAACAAUGAUUCGUGCACGAACACUGUUGAAUGGUAAAAAAUGCCUAACGUCCGCUACUUUAUGGAGUUUAAUCGGUAACACGAAAUUCACGUUGCCAAUAUAUAUAUAUAUAUAUAUAGAUUAGGGUGAUGCAAAAAAAAUUGAUAUUUUUUUUCUCGGAGCUCCAACGGACAUCGUUAGUGCAUCAAAAAAAGUAAUUUUCCCAAAAUUUCAGAUUUUUAAAAAAAAUUUUAGAUAGUGCUCAAACCACUUUUCGAUAUUUUCCUGUUUUCUCUCAAAAAUCACGGAGCAAAAAUUUUUUUUUUUUGCUCUCAUAGUAGAAAGUGUUAGUGCUCCAUGAAAUUAUAAAUCUAAUAAAAUUAUGUCACCCUCAAAAAAAUUUUACGGCUACCUUGCAUAAUUUGUUUCUUUUUUUUCUAUAUAUUAUUUAGAUACAAAUUAUGAGACAAAUAAUUAUUCUUGUCCUCCUUCCAAUAGAAAAGGUGAAUGUACUUUGCAAAAUCAUAGUUUUUCAAUAUUACAUGUUAUAACAAUGAUUUUUGUAUUUUCUCAAGCGAUUGAUUUCAAUUUUCCUGUAUUUUUCAUAGAUGUAAAUAUUUUUAUGCACGAAAACUUGCUAGGGCAUCGUACAAACAUGACAACGUACCAAAUAAAGCUGUGUUUUGCCGAAUUCAAAUUCUUUAUUUCGAAGUCUGAUAUUUCAAUGCAGAAAACGUUAAAAUUUGGGAAUUUUAUAGUUUUCUUGUGCGUUAUAAAAAUUAGUAAAAUAUUUUGACCGAAUUCUGUUAGAAAAAAAUGAAGACUAAUGGAUUCAAAAUCGCAAAUAUUUUUCAUCAAACUUCCAAAAUCGGUCUGGUAAUUUUCGCGAAUUAAAAAAAAAUUAAAUUGACAAGAUCUAAAUAGGUCUAUUGUACAAAGUUGCCUUCCUGUACAAAUUCAAAUAGUUUUUGAUUGUAAAAAAACAGUUCGGAAUUAAAAAUUCUUGCGAUUUUGUAUUCAUAAGCUUACAUCUAUUUUUCAUUAAAUUUUAGUCAAAAUAUUUUACUAAUUUUUAAAACAAAUGGGAAAACUGGAAAAUUCCCAAAUUAUAACGUCUUCUGUGAUAAAAUAUCAGACUUUGAUAUUGGUAUAAAAAUGUUAUUUUGUAAUAAAAAUGGAAAUAGAAAUAGAAAUGAAACCGAGAAUUUCAAUUCGACAAAAUUUUGAAAAAUUGUUUUUGCAAAAUACUUUCGCCCUUUCUUUUGGAAGGACAACAAGAAUAACUAUUUCCACACGUCUUUUAAUCUCAUGAUUUAUAGCUAAAUAUACAGAAAAGGAGAAAUAAAUUAUGCGAGGUAGUCUUGACAUUUUUUUUGAGAGUGAAAAAAUUGUAUUAGAUUUAUAAUUUCAUGGAGCACUAACACUUUAUGCUAUGAGAGCAAAACGAAAAUUUUUGCUCCGCGAUUUUUGAGGGAAAACAGGAAAAUAUCAAAAAGUGGCUUGAGCAUUAUCUAAAAUUUUUUUUUUAAUCUGAAAGUUUGGGAAAAUUACUUUUUUUUAAUGUAUUAACUAUUUCCGCUGGAGCUCCAAAAAAAAAAAGAAAAAACCGAUUUUUUUUUGCAUCACCCUAAUAUAGAUAUAUGGGAACAUAUGAAUAUGUAAGUACGUAAAUAAUAUUAUAUAUACAUGUAUAUCGAAAAAAAGUCCACUGACAUACAUAAAACUGAGUGUAUAUUUAUAUAGUAUUUAUAUGGCAAAUAUCUAAAAAAAAAAAGCAAACAGCAAUUUUUAAGUUACGCAACUAAAUGAGAAAGGUAACUUUUACAAAUUCGUAAUACGAAGGAAAGUGAGAGACUGUGAUUUUGGCUAAAGGAAUUUUUCAUAUUUUUCUAUCGACUCCACGUUUCUUUUCAUUUUUAAUUAUUUUUCUUUUUCGAAAGUUAGAAAAUUCGAUUUUUUUUUCGACGCAAGUACAAGAAUAUAAUUAUUUGUAUUUCAAAUGUGCCUUAAAGAUGUUAACAUAAAAUAUAAUGACGAAUUGACGACCAAAAUUUCAAAAAAAAAGUUAUUCAAUUUUUUGUUUGUUUUAUUUUCAUGUGCCAAGUACUUUUUUUUUUAAAUUAACAAGGUUCCCUUUUAGUUGGGGAUUCUUACGAGUACGGGACCCCCAGUUCUUGCUACGCAAUUCGUGAACGCUGUUCACCUAUUUCAACACUUUCGUGUACCAAUAUAACUGUCCGUGAUCAAUAUUACGCGACUAAGAACAUGCCAAAUACACAUACAAUACACCAUCAA